CCCUAGAAACUAGUAGUCAUCUGCGCGAUACCGGCCGUGAAGAUGGAGGGCGGCGCGAGAGAAGCCAUCGUCGACUGUUUCAUGGAGGUAACGUCGUGCAAGCCCCGGUCGAUCGCCGUGCGUCACCUCGCUUCCUGCAGUUGGCGUCUCGAGGCCGCCAUCAACCUUUAUUUCACCGUCGGCGCCGUCGGUGGGGCACCCGAUCAUCCCGUGGUGGAUCCGAUCCCAGUCCGCUCCGAGACGACGCACGAUGAUACGGUGCGUGAUCCCAUCCCCGCCCGCUCCGACAGGCUGUACCAGCACGAGGACUUCUACGGCCCCGGUUCCAGUACUGCCCGCGCCGCCCCAUCCAUAUGGAGCGUGAACCGGGAGCCGCCGUCUCGAACGCCGGUUUAUCCGGUGCCUGUGUUCGUGGACGAUGCAUCUAUGCCGGAAAUUAAGGAGACCGGGUGGGAAUCUGAUGGUGACACCAGCACAUAUGAGAAGGAAGAAACCAAAAUCGUGGAGGAAGACGAACCAGCGAAGGAAGCCGAAGAAGAUGAUGUGAAAAACGACGAUAAGGAGCCGAUGGAAGAAGACGAUGGCACCAAAAGCAUGGAGAUGGAGGAAGAAGACGACGGGUACGGCGGCACGGAGGACGAUUACGAGUACAGCGACGAUGAUCAAGACGACGGAGACUACCUAGAUGCGGCGGAGACCGACCACAUGGAGGCGUUGGAUGGGCAGCCGCCGCCUCGGUCUCGGACCGACAGGACCCUCGACGAUCUGUUCCGGCCUCCGUACGAGAUAAUGUUCCAGGGAAGCUUCCACGACGCCAAGGUGCACGCGGCGAGGAAGGACCAGUGGCUGCUGAUCAACAUACAGCUCAGCGGCCUCUUCGCCUCGCACCUGCACAACCGGGACCUAUGGUCCAACGAGGUGGUCGCCCAGGUGAUCAAGGACAGCUUCGUCUUCUCCCUACUGCAGAAGACCGGGAGGUCCGGCGACGAGGCGGGCAAAGUGUGCUGCUUCUACAAGCUCCAAGACGACCAGCUGCCGGCCGUGCUUGUUCUGGACCCCAUCACCGGGCAGCUGCUGGCUAAGUGGUGCGGCAUCGUCCAGCAACCUGACGAUUUCCUGACAAGCAUCGGCAAGUACACCGAGUCCAAGCCUAGCACGCUCUCCAAACCCAGGAUCGUCGUCCGACCCAUAGCAGCAGCAACCCCUCAAGAACCGGUUGCUGCACCGGCGGCACCGUUGCCCAAGGUCGUUGGCAAGAUCGAGGAGGCUCCGGCCGCACCGUUGCCUGAGGCUGACAAGACCGAGGCUCCUGCGGUGACCAUCGAUGAUGGGAAGCCUAUGGAAGGAGAGGCGGUCUGCAAGAUGAGGGUACGGUUCCAUACGGGCAACAUCGUCACCAAGGAAUUCGGGAGCACGCGGGCGGUCGCGGUGCUCUUCGCCUACUGCAGCUCAGUUGUUCGUGAGCAGGCCGGGACGGAUCAGGCAUUCCGGAUCAUGAGGAUGACUGGCCGGACCUUUGAGGAGCUGCGCGACGACGGUGCGUCCUCGUUUGAAGAUCUCAAUCUCAAUCGAGAUACCGUCACGGUUGUGCUGGAUAGCUGAGCCGUAGUUCUUAGAGGCCAUGAUGAAUCGCAUUAUCGUACUU